GAGAGAGAGUUGAGAGCUGUUCAUGGAUCGAUCUAUGAAAAAAGGAGGUUCUUUGAUCUUGGUUGGGCUUUUCCUCACAGGAUGUCUCUUUGUAUUUUCAACUGCGAAAGAGGAAGCAAGCAAGUUGGGUACGGUCAUUGGAAUAGAUCUUGGCACCACUUAUUCUUGUGUUGGAGUAUAUAGGAAUGGUCAUGUUGAGAUUAUAGCAAAUGACCAAGGAAACCGUAUUACCCCGUCCUGGGUUGCCUUUACUGAUGGUGAGAGAUUGAUCGGUGAGGCUGCAAAGAAUCAGGCAGCUGCAAAUGCAGAGAGAACUAUUUUUGAUGUUAAAAGACUUAUUGGAAGAAAGUUUGAUGACAAAGAGGUCCAAAAGGACAUGAAGCUUGUUCCUUAUAAGAUUGUGAACAAGGAAGGUAAACCAUACAUCCAAGUUAAGAUCAAGGAUGGUGAAACGAAAGUUUUCAGCCCUGAGGAGAUUAGUGCCAUGAUUCUCACUAAAAUGAAGGAGACAGCUGAGGAAUUUCUUGGAAAGAAAAUUAAGGAUGCUGUUGUGACUGUCCCAGCGUACUUUAAUGAUGCUCAAAGGCAGGCAACCAAGGAUGCUGGCGUAAUUGCUGGGUUGAAUGUUGCAAGAAUUAUCAAUGAACCAACAGCUGCUGCCAUUGCCUAUGGUCUAGAUAAGAAGGGAGGGGAGAAGAACAUCCUUGUUUUUGACCUUGGUGGUGGCACAUUUGAUGUCAGCAUCUUGACUAUUGAUAAUGGAGUUUUUGAGGUCCUGGCAACAAAUGGUGACACUCAUCUGGGAGGUGAGGACUUUGAUCAAAGAAUCAUGGAGUACUUCAUCAAAUUGAUCAAGAAGAAACAUGGAAAGGACAUAAGCAAGGACAACCGUGCUCUUGGAAAGCUUAGGAGAGAAUGCGAGCGAGCCAAGAGAGCUCUAAGCAACCAGCACCAAGUCCGUGUAGAAAUUGAGUCACUCUAUGAAGGCCUAGAUUUCUCUGAGCCACUGACACGUGCUCGUUUCGAAGAAUUGAACAAUGAUUUGUUCAGGAAGACUAUGGGACCAGUGAAGAAAGCCAUGGAAGAUGCUGGCCUUGAAAAGCGCCAGAUUGACGAAAUUGUUCUUGUUGGUGGAAGUACUAGAAUUCCUAAAGUUCAGCAGCUUUUGAAGGAUUAUUUUGAUGGGAAGGAGCCGAGUAAAGGAGUGAACCCUGAUGAGGCAGUUGCCUAUGGUGCAGCAGUACAAGGAAGUAUCUUGAGUGGUGAGGGUGGUGAAGAAACUAAAGAUAUCCUACUGUUGGAUGUUGCACCACUUACUCUUGGAAUUGAGACUGUUGGCGGAGUGAUGACCAAAUUGAUCCCCAGAAACACUGUUAUCCCAACCAAGAAAUCUCAAGUUUUUAGCACUUACCAGGAUCAACAAACCACUGUAUCCAUUCAGGUCUUUGAGGGUGAAAGAAGCCUCACAAAGGACUGUAGGAUGCUUGGCAAGUUUGAUCUAAGCGGAAUUGCUCCUGCUCCUAGGGGUGUGCCUCAAAUUGAAGUAACCUUCGAGGUAGAUGCCAAUGGCAUCCUCAACGUGAAAGCAGAAGACAAAGCCAGUGGAAAAUCUGAAAAGAUCACCAUUACCAAUGACAAGGGCCGUCUGAGCCAAGAUGAGAUUGACCGAAUGGUUCGUGAGGCAGAGGAAUUUGCUGAGGAAGACAAAAAAAUCAAGGAGAAGAUUGAUGCACGCAACCAAUUGGAAACAUAUGUAUAUAACAUGAAGAACACCAUCAAUGACAAAGAUAAGCUUGCUGAUAAGAUCGAGAGCGAGGAUAAAGAGAAAGUUGAGGCAGCUCUUAAGGAAGCUUUAGAGUGGCUUGAUGACAAUCAGAGUGCAGAGAAAGAGGACUACGACGAGAAGCUGAAGGAGGUGGAAGCUGUUUGCAAUCCAAUUAUAUCUGCAGUUUAUCAGAAAUCUGGCGGUGCUCCUGGUGGCAGCUCAGAUGGAGGCGAUGAUGAUGAUGACUCACAUGACGAGCUUUAGGUUUUCUCUUUAUUUCUUCUGAAUUAUUGACACAGUUGAUGAAGAGUAGCCUUGUAACUGUAUGGAGCUCAUGAGGAAGGAUAGAAAGCAAAAGGAGCAGGAACUGGCUUCGAGAUUACUGCAGGUAUAAAUACUGCGAAAGGAACAAAUGACUUCCAGUUGUGGGAGGCCUAAUUUGUAAAAUUGCAUGCUUUUCAUCUUUUUCUGAAGCAGACUAUUAUACAUCCAUUUUUUUUAAUGAAGACGGAUUCUGCUGAUUUUUUUCUGGAGAUCAAAGGUGUAGUACAACUCUAGUGUAAUUUUUCCAAAAACAAGUGGCAUGCUCCCUAAUAAAGCUACAUGCCAAGCAUCUUUUUA